AUCAAUCGAACUCGUAAUCGCGAGGGAGGAGAGCGGCAGAGGACGAUGCUGCAGAUUCGACUGCGGAAGGUAUCGGCGGGGGACGGCGGCGGAGCGUCGGUGAAGCCUCACCCGCUGGCGAACACGGUGACGGUGGCGUGCCCCGACCACCUCAACAUCGCCGGCCUCCCGGUGGCCAAGAGCCUCGGCGCCGUCACCUCCUCCGCAGCCGUCCGAACCGUCGGCCGCCGCUCCCGGCGCAACCUCGGCGAGCGGGUUCACUUCUGCGUGCGUUGCGAUUUCCCUAUCGCCAUGUACGGCCGCCUGGUACCAUGUGAACAUGCUUUCUGUUUGACAUGUGCAAGAAGUGAUGCUAGCUGCUGCCUCUGCAAUGAACGUAUUCAGAAGAUCCAAUCUAUCAAAAUGAUGGAGGGCAUCUUUAUAUGUGCUGCUCCUAACUGUCUAAAGUCCUUUCUCAAACAAUCAGACUUUGAAUCUCAUAUUCGUGAGGCUCAUGCUGACCUUCAAUCCAAUACCAAGGAGGGCGGCACUGAGACUGAGGCAAGUGCGUCAUCUAUCAAUUCUUGUAAGCAAUUAUUACUGCAAGAGACAUCCAUUGCUGGUGCACCACCAAUGUCAGGCUUCUCCCCGAGCACAAACCCUCAGAAUCACUAUCGUGAUGAAAGAACUCGUCACCAACAGUCUAAUGAUCAUCCAUUUUCGGUGGUGCCACUUCAUUUGAAGCCAAUGCCAUUCAAUGGCCCCCAACAGCGCCAGCCAGGUGAUAUCCAGGCAGACAAUAACCCACAUCCCAACAGCUGGGUUAAUCAGCCCCAAAGUUUUUUGGGCCAGGCUGGUUCUCAGAAUCGACAAGUCUCUGAUCAACUGCUUUCCGAGAAACAAGGGAAUGCUUUCCAGUCCUCAUCCUCAAAUUACCCGCCAUCGCAACCCCCUUUACUGCCAAACUAUCAGUUAUCUAUAAAUUCCAACCAGGCCGUAGUUCCUCAUGCAGCAUUUAGUUAUGCUCAUCAUUCUACAAAAGGAUCUGAACAAUAUUACAAUGCUCCCUACGAAAUUCCACACACACAGCAGGUGCCAACAGGUGGGCCAGCAGAGGGGUCAGUAUUAGGGCCUUCUCCGGCUUCAGCAGGAAUGCCAAGUUUUCCAGGCAGUGCACUAUGCCUUUGGGGUUCUGGCCAGAUGAUUGUACCCUUGAACCAACACUUCAUGCGAGCUCAAGGGGUUCCAGAGCGAUACAUGAAUGUGACGGAUUCUCAGGGAAGAAUUCAGUCGAUGCAAGGUGAUGGUCGUCAGAUUUCAGGAGGAUGGCUGCUGAAUCAUUCUCAAGUUGGUCAGCCAUCACAGCUCCAAGGUGUAUCAGCCGUUCAUAGUGAUAGUAAGGGUGUCUUGGCACAGCAAGUACCACUUCCACCGCCACAACCGCAGCCUCUACCGACGUCUCAGCAGCUUAACGCCGGGAAGGUCUCCGGUUUUAGCUCUGUAAAUCAAUAGGAUCAGGACUAUGGUUAGCAGAAUUGCAGUAAUGGUUUUGCCAAUUUUUUGCUUUUGUUGAUGCGAUGUACAUUGCCCCCUGAAAGUUAUUCCGGCGAGUGUUUUGAUCGGUUGAAUGUCGUGUCUGAUUAGUGUAAUAAAUUCUCCUUUUACCUUU